AUGUGUGACAAUGAUGAAGUUAACCUUAUUAUCCAUGUUCCAGAAUGGAUAUAUCGAACAGGAAAUGAACAUUCACUGAGGCUUCAAGGACCAGAUGUGAAAAAUGUCAAGGAAAGCAUUAUUAAAAGAGGAUCACUACAGAAGGUAGAUAGUCAUCAAUGCAGUUCAUUCAUUAUGGAGCUUGUUACGACAAAUGCACUAGUGAACAUGUCCAUGGACUCCAAUACAAGUAGUAAUUCAACAGACAGUAGUGGAAAUGACUCAAUUCCCAUUCCCACAUUAGUGUUAAUAGCAAUCCUUGCGUGUAUCAUCAUGCUGACUAUGAUCGGCAAUGGACUUGUGUGUGUCAGUGUCGCUAGAUUUCAACAUCUUCAGUUCAUUACUAAUUAUUUUAUCGUUAGCUUGGCGGUAGCAGACUUCUUAGUUGGUGCAAUUGUUUUACCAUUUUCAAUAUCUGUUAUAGUUCGAGCAAACUGGACAUAUGGAGUAUGGUGGUGUAAUGUAUGGAUUUCGCUAGAUGUCACGUUGUGUACAUCGUCAGUAUGGCACUUGUUUAUUAUUGCGUUAGAACGGGCAUUAGCUAUUAUGAAGCCGCUAUGGUACCAAAGUAAAAUGACAAUUAGAACAGCCGUGAUUUUGAUCACCGCUGUAUGGGUGAUUUCAGCUGUCAUAUCUAUACUGCCCAUAAUGAUGGGAUGGAAUACAAAGAGUGGAAAUAUACAGAACAUGGACCAACCGAACCAAUGUCGUUUUCACACAACACCCUUCUAUUCGUUUGUGGUGGGGAUCAUUGCAUUCUGGAUCCCCAUGAUUGGGAUGUUGGUACUACACACAUCGGUGACCAGAAUCGCACGAAAACAAGCGAUGCAAAUAAAGAAACUACACAACACCUUGCAAAACCCGACUGAGAAAAAAUCACCAUUCAGUAAAAGUGAACGCAAAGCAGCUAUGGCACUUGCUAUUAUCAUGUGUUGUUUUCUUGUAUGCUGGGGACCAUAUAUUAUAUACUGGACAUUGGCGGGUGUUAGUCAAUGGCACAUUUCAAGUACAGCACUGGACGUUAUCACCUGGUUGGGGUAUAUUAAUAGUACACUUAAUCCAUUCAUAUAUGCCUUUUUCAAUACAGAAUUCCGUAGAGCAUUUAAAAUUAUGAUAAUUCCAGGUAGAACCAGGCGUAACAGUAUCAGAAAUAAACACAGAGCUGCAUACCAACUUUAA